AUGGAGGAUUCUCCCAAUAUUCUCCUCCUCGAUCAUACCUCCCCUCAUGCUCAGCCCUCUGGCGUCGAAGCACUCUCCCAGGUUCCCACCGAACUCUCCAGGAACCUUUCCCGACGGUGGUCCAGGUCGUCUGUGCGGGGAGAAUUGACCAAACGGAAGUACGCAAAAUGGCAACCGCAUCGAUUAGGAAUCACGGACGACGGUGAUGCGGAGAGAUCCUCGCAUAGAAGGGAUUUGUCCCUGACGGGUACCAAUACAGCAAUAGUGGGAGAGUCAAAUCUCACGACUAUUUCCUCCCAGCAAACGAGUGGACCAUCCGAUACCAACCAGAUCAGUACCACACCGUCUACGGAGCAGGGAAGCGGCGGCCAGUCGCCCCGGUCAGGUUCGCAAGCUCGUAUCACUGGCCUCAAACCGGGGAGCGCAUUGGAUAUUCUCUAUGAGAACCAACGAGGCUGGUUCUUCUGUGGGAUUCCGCUCUACUCGCACCGCUCGCUUCUCAACUUCGAUCCGGGUACGUGGGUAACGCAUGACUUUAAAGAUAGUCCGGUCGACAUCACCACUGCCCAACUACCGGAUCCUAGCUGGGAAUGGGCGUGGAGAAUGUGGUAUGUGGAUAUGUCGGGUGAUGUAGACGAUCAGGGCUGGCAGUAUUCGUUUUCUUUUGGUUCAUCGGCCUGGCAUGGGUCUCAUCCCUGGUUUCAUUCAUUUGUGCGUCGGCGGCGAUGGGUUCGGCUGCGGGUGAAACGAGCUUCAGAGAGGAGCCGUCAAGGUCAGACGGGUUUAGAACUGUCUCACAUGCUCAACGAAGAUUACUUCACCAUUCAUAGUGGGAAAAUGAAGAGAGCGUUGAGCUUGGAGCGGGCGUCGCGGGUGACGUCGGGCUAUCUGAGCGGGGCCACGACCAAGGCGGAUGAAGGAGCUCCUUUGGAGGAAAUUGGUAAUAUUCCUACUCUGAUGCGCGCAUUGAAGGGGGCGGUGGUGGACCGCGAGAAAAUAGAUGCUCUGAGGCGUUUUAUCGAAGAAGGGGGCCAUGAGUUGUACUAUCUAGAUGAAAAGAUCCCUGAUAUCAUGUCUAUGUUCGUUUUUCAGGCCUCUCGCUCGCAGUUCCUCACCCACUUGAACGGCGUUAUCGACGAGCUCUAUCGGCAGAUAUCGCAGGCCGACGACAAGGAAGUUGAAGAUAUGCAACGCAAAAAGGAACAUCUUGAAAAGGCCGCAGGGACCGUUCAACAUCAUCUCAGAGGACCGGAGAUCGUCAGUACUCCGCGCCGACAUUCGGCGCCCGAAAUGUUGGAUUUGACCCCUAGUCCGAAGAAGCAGAGCCAUCUGUCCAGGCAUUUGGGGAAGUUUUCGUUCAAACCGAUGGACGACGGAGGUCCCAUCAAGGGGAUACCGAAGGCAGCGGGAAUCGGACGAGAAGUUCAUAUUUAUCAGUACUCUCCCUAA